AUGUUGGUAGCGUGGCCACACCCUGGCUGCCAGUUGGGCUGCUGGCGCUCCACUUGCCCCUCCAACAAGCUCACCUCGCCCCCGCCUGUCGUGUCGUGCAAUGAACAACCGCAGGAGGCGGUGGACUCCAACAAGCCCAGCGGCGCCAAGGGUGUCUACUGGAAGAGCCUGUACGUGAACACCACCAUGGGCCCCAGCCUCAAGGUGGCGGUGUCGCAGCUGCAGGCGGUCAAGUCUUCGAGGGAGUGA